AUGCUCACAGUAGCAAGGAAGAACUUUAUUGCAAUCAACAAGUGGCCAAGUCGCAUUCUUACAAGAGCAAUGAGUAGCAAGGGAAAACCAGAAGAUGCCAAGUUUUUAAAUUCUCGUCUUGUCUCGAACGCAGACGAGUGCAAAUGGAUCGGCCUCACCAAGAUCGAGUACCUUGACCCUAACGGUCAAAAAAGGGAAUGGGACAGUGCCGUCAGAAAGACAAGAUCAUCAGGGGGCAUUGACGGUGUUGGAAUCCUCGCCAUCCUCAAGACACCCGGAAAACAGGAUGAAAUCUUGCUGCAGAAGCAAUACCGUCCUCCUGUCGAAGGGGUGUGCAUCGAAAUGCCAGCUGGGUUGAUUGACGGCAACGAAUCAGUAGAGGUCGCCGCGCUCAGAGAGUUAAAAGAAGAGACCGGCUACGUGGGCAAGGUUGUGGGCAAGUCCCCUACUAUUUUCAACGACCCUGGCUUCACAAACACCAACCUGUCGUUAGUCACUGUCGAAAUCGACACAACGUUACCAGAGAACCAAAACCUUCAAACACAACUUGAAGACAACGAAUUCAUCGAAUGCAUUAAAGUUCCGCUCAAAACAUUCGCUGAUGAAAUGAUCAGACUUGAUAAACAAGGCUACAAGUUGGACGCUCGUGUGCAAAACGUCGCCCAAGGUAUCAGACUAGCGCAACAAUAUAAUUUGUAG